AUGGGUUCAUUAGCAGCAGCAGAUUCUACAAUUGUGAAGAACUGGAGAGAGCAUCCUCCUUCUUCUUAUUCCCUCAAGAUCAACAAGCUUUCUCAGCUUACUCUCGACAAAUACGAGUCCCGUCUUUUCUUGUCUGGUGGAUAUAACUGGAGACUGGUUAUAUACCCAAAAGGAAACCAAAAAGACGAUGGAACCGGAUUUAUUUCAAUGUAUGUGGAACUUGACAACACCUGCCUCUCAUCCACAUUACCCAUGGAGGUGUUUGCAUAUCUCACGUUCUUUGUCUAUAACAAGAAAGAAAACAAAUACUUUUCAAUACAUGAUGUUGAAGUAAAGCGGUUCAAUGCAUUAAGGACGGUAUGGGGAUUAUCCCAAGUGCUUUCGGUGGAAAUAUUCAAUGACCCUAAAAAUGGAUAUAUCUUCGAGGGAGAACAAUGUGAGUUUGGUGUUGAUGUGGUGAUUGCUACACCCUUUACCAAGUGGGAAGUUGUCUCCUUUGAUGAGAAAUUCUCUUUUCCAAAGUUCUCCUGGAGUGUUAAAGAAUUCUCGGUGCUGAAAGAGAAAUUUUACAUGUCCAAAAGCUUUUCAAUGGGAAAAAGAGAAUGGAAAAUUCAGUUGCAUCCGAAGGGAGACGAUAGAGCAAAUAAUAAGUGGCUAUCAAUUUUUUUGAAUUUAGAUGGCACUGAAAUUGUGAAGGCUGAUGAGAAGAUUUACGUGCGAGCGCUUGUGAAGGUUAUAGACCCCCGUGGAUCCAAUCAUGCCACAACAACAAUUAACAAUUGGUACACGGAAUCGAACAAAGGGUGGGGUGUUGUCGAGUUCUUGUCUUUGGCUAAACUUCGAGAGGCGUACUUGGACGUAGAAGAUACUUUGAACGUAGAGGUCGAAUUUGAAGUUGUCUCUGUCACCAAACACUCAGCAUGAAAACCUAAGCUCUAAAAUUUAGGAUCAUGUGUUCCAUGCUUAUUAUUAUAGGACUACUCUGUUUACUGCGUCCA